AGACGCUUGGAAGUUACCUUUCAAAGCGUUUGUAUCACUUCGAUACCAAAAAUCAUGCACUGGCAAAUCUUUUUAUUCUAAAAAAGUUAGUAAAUUUGCAUUUUCGACGUAAAAAUGGAGGAAAAAUUGAAACGCUAUGAGAAAAUACAAUUUCUUGGCGAAGGACAGUUUGCCACUGUGUAUAAAGCCAGAGAUGUUAUGACUGACAAGAUAGUGGCUGUCAAAAAAAUUAAACUUGGUACACGACAGGAAGCAGCUGAUGGUAUCAACAGAACUGCCCUGAGAGAAAUCAAACUUCUACAGGAACUAAACCAUCCUAAUAUUAUUGGUUUGAUGGAUGUGUUCGGCCAGAAGUCUAAUGUUAGUCUUGUAUUUGAUUUCAUGGACACUGAUUUAGAGGUAAUUAUCAAAGAUAACACAAUAAUACUCACGUUGGCACACAUCAAGACCUACAUGCUACAAACACUGAAAGGGCUGGAAUACUUACACAAUAACUGGAUAUUACACAGAGAUAUGAAACCAAAUAAUUUACUCAUCAACAAAGAAGGUGUACUUAAACUUGGUGAUUUUGGUCUUGCCAAAUUUUUUGGUUCCCCAAACAGAAUAUAUACUCAUCAAGUAGUUACAAGAUGGUACAGAUGUCCAGAGUUGUUGUUUGGUGCUAGAAACUAUGGAACUGGUGUGGAUAUAUGGGCAGUUGGAUGUAUUUUAGCAGAGCUUCUCCUGAGAAUACCUUUUCUUCCUGGUGAUACAGAUCUUGAUCAACUUAGUAAAAUAUUUCAAUGCCUUGGUACACCUGCGAAGGAGGAAUGGCCUGCAAUGGAACAUCUACCAGAUUUUGUACAGUUUAAACCAUGUGUUGGUACCCCGUUGAAGGAAAUUUUUAUAGCCGCCUCUGAUGAUCUUCUAGAUAUUCUACAGGGUAUGCUAACCAUGGAUCCAUUGAAACGUCUUACUGCAACACAGGCAUUAAAGAGUGAUUAUUUCCUCAACAAGCCGUAUCCAACCCCCAACCAUUUGCUGCCUAUGAUAGGAAACACAAAGAAAGAAAUAAUGGACCAAUGUAAACCCAGUCUGAAGAGAAAAAUUGAUGGAGAAUCUGCAGGACUUGCAAAGAGACUAGUGUUUUGAUGAUAUUAGACAGUGUUUAUGGUGCCAAAUUGACUCUAGUCCCAUGAAAAGUCAGAAAUUCAACCAAAUACCUACACCUAAAGAAAACAACACAAGUGACAGUUAACUGCAGAAAAGAUAGUGUGAACAAGACUUGGGCAAUUUCAUUUAGACCAAAGUGCAUUAUACAACUUACAGAAUACUUGUAUGACCUUGUGAGCAUUGAACAUUAUUAUACCGUGCAUUUAUCAACAGAUUAUUAUUUCUUUUUAAACGGGUUCAGAUGAAGCAAGUUUUAAGGAGAUGCAUUUUUUUAUUUAAAUAUAUUGACUCAUACCUAAAUAUAUAAAGAUGAAUGUCUAUAUAGAUUUUAUUUGUAUUUGUAGUUUGUACGGGGUAAUAUAGCUUAUAGCAUUUCAUAUGGUUCAUUUACAUCGAGAAUACUGAAAUCCAUUUUAGAAAAUCGUACUUAUUUGAUGGUUAAAUAAAUAGGAAUUGGAAUGUGGCAAUGAUUUUCCUGCUGUCACUCUAACUUGGUAUUAUAUACUGGUCAGUUAAACAGAAAAGUAAUGAAUUAUUUUACAGUAUCUCAAAUUCUCAAAUUUUUAAAACAAAUGUUGUUGAACAACAAUAAGAUUUGAUUAUUUGAAUUCUAUAAGGCUUGUUAAUAUUGAAGAUGAAUUUUAUGUGUGCCCUUAAUGGAAGUUAUCCUAUUUUUGUGUCCUCUUCCACAAAAUUCCAUUCUUCAUAUGCAUUGUGUUGAAAUACUUUAAAUGGAACUUAAUGUUUAUCACUCCUACCCAUAUUUUAUAAUAUGUUUUCUGUAAGUAUCUUUAACCUACUGAAUUUGUUAAAUGUUCUUCAGUUUCCAAUUUUAGGAGCUGUCCAUCAUUGACUAUAGGGAUAUAAAAAUGAGCCGCAUCAUGACAAAACCAACAUAAUGGGUUUGCGAACAGCAUGGAUCCAGACCAGCCUGCGCAUCCGCGCAGUCUGAUCAGGAUCCAUGUUGUUUGCUAUCAGUUUCUUUACUUGUUAUAGGGUCAGACUGUGCGGAUGCGGAGGCUGGUCUGGAUCCAUGCUGGUCGCAAACCCUUUAUGUUGGUUUUGUUGUGACACGGCUCAAAUGAAAAUUUUAAAUUAUUGAGUCAAUAGUGAAAUUUAAGUUUGUCAAAUGGUAAUGCAGUUAGAGUUCAGAUGGACAUUAAUAUGAUCACAUAGACUAAAAGACAAGAGUAAUUUAGUGUAAAUCAUCUUUGAUCAUCUUAAAGUGGAUUGGUCUACAAUGGGGGAAAUUUUCCAUUAGUAUUACAAAUGUUAAAAAAAACACUAGAACAUGCUAUUGUAUCAUUAAGAUAUUCUUCUGAAAUAUUGACUUGAAAAUAUUAAUUUAAGUAGUGACUUAGUUUAAGCAAUAAUAAUAUUUUGUGCUGAAUCAAUUUAUUAUCUGCUAUAUAAAUGUAUGUAAUAUUGGAUCCUGUAUCUCACACUUGCCAACAACUUCCUUAAGUUAUUACUGGUUUGUUGUUAUAUCUGAUACGAAAUGUUGUCAUCAUGAUUAUUUAAAGACCUUCCAUUAUAGACCAAUUCACUUUAAUGUUACAAUUGUUAGAAAAUAUAAGCCUGUAACAUUUAUUUAUUUUUCUCUAUCUUAAUACAAAAUUGACAUAAUAUUUUAGUACAUAUUUUAUCAUUUUGUAUUUUACAAUAUAUUAUACCCUGACUUUGUCCCAAUUAUUCACAUGCAUUUGAUUUUUCACACUGCCAAAAGUGAGAACAUUCUUUUUUUUAUUUAAUGUGUGGUAAAAAAUGCAUUUAAAUUGAUUUUUCCGUUCAUUUGUAUUGCUCAGUAUUCAACACUCAAAGGGAGAUCACUCAUCUCUUAGCUGGUAUUUGAUUUAUAAUUUUGUAUAUUUUGAAUGUUACAUUUUUGUGGUGUUAAAUAGUGAAAUGUUAUAAGAUUGGUUGAACUAAUAUUGUACCUGGUGUUAUUAUGUUUUUGUUGGUGUUUUGUUUUGUUUUUUCUUUCACCUUUUUAGCUCACCU